GAUAUGAAAACAAAGCCACAGCAUGCCUAGAUCACAUAGACCGUCCACUGGCACACAUCAGAAACCUGUGACCGUGGACAAUAUUAAGAAGAGAUCGGUCGACAUGUUCUACAAUCAGCCUGGUUCUCAGUCGAGCAUUAAAAGUGGUUGCAGAAAGAUGUUCAACAGGAGACCGAACAACAGUGAGGAAGUAGACAGUGGCACAUCAGAGGUUCUACACCAUGUCACGGAUACCAAUGAGGAGGCUAACCUACCUAGAGAACCCGGUGCAGAUGAUAGCGGAGAUGAAAGCGUCAACUCCAGCAGUGGAAUCGGGACAAAAGUACCUACAGAACCCAGUGCAGAUGAUAGCGGAGAUGAAAGCAACACAAGUUCCUCCAGUGACUCUGUUCACACUCGCGAUGAGGACAAGGAUGACGGUCACAAUUCUGUACCCAAACAUGUCGCGGAAAGGGUAUCCUCUCCAGUCAAACAUAGUGUACCUAUCAAACAAAAAAGUACCAGAGUGACUGGAGUCCAACAAGACGCUGAUACUGAACCAUGUGUAUCUGCUGAGCCAGAGUAUCAGUAUACAGAGGAUGCUGCCUGUUCUGGGACGGUAUGCACUGUGCCUAAUUCCCCCACGACGCAAACCCAGGAGCCAGACUCUGAUGAGACUCAGACCCCAGAAUCUGCUGAGACGCAGACCGAGGAGCCAGACUCUGAUGAGACUCAGACCCCAGAAUCUGCUGAGACGCAGACCGAGAAGACAGACUCUGAUGAGACUCAGACCCCAGAAUCUGCUGAGACGCAGACCGAGGAGCCAGACUCUGAUGAGACUCAGACCCCAGAAUCUGCUGAGACGCAAACCCAGGAGCCAGACUCUGAUGAGACUCAGACCCCAGAAUCUGCUGAGACGCAGACCGAGGAGCCAGACUCUGAUGAGACUCAGGCCAAUGAGGUAGUGUCCGCUGAGACUGUGUCUGCAGAGACUCAGAACCCAGACUCUGAUGAGACUCAGACCAAUGAGGUAGUGUCCGCUGAGACUGUGUCUGCUGCGACUCAGACCCCAGAAUCUGCUGAGACACAGACCGAGGAGCCAGACUCUGAUGAGACAGACCAAGGACCCAGACUCUGAUGAGACUCAGCCCCAGUCUACAACUGAACCAUUGUUCCAACAACCUAUUGGUGAAACAUGUGAAAUAUCUCACAAUGUGCCUGAAUGUAGAGUUGACCAUGCAAUUGUAUUAGCUGCGCCCUGGGUAUCAAGAUAGGGCUGAUGAAGUUGUCUCUGCGACAGAGCACGUAACCAGGGCCGGGUGUGCUCCCUCAAAGGAACCUGAGACUGCCGUGGAUAGCAUCACAGCCAUGUCUGGGUGUGAUACAUCAGAGGAGGUUGAUGCUGCCCUUGAUAGCAUGACAUGUGUCACGGGUACCGAGAGAGUUCCGGAUGAUAUGCUAACCGAUGUGGAAUAUGCAAACGCCUUUCAAGAGUGUGAAGUGUCUCAAUUCUAUGCAUCCCGAGCCGCAUUUCAGUAGGCCACAGUUGAACGUUGACUCUUGUCCAGGUUCAAUAUUUUCUGCUACAACCGAUCCCCUUCCCACUACGAUACCACCUUCAAGCGCCAUCUCUAAUGUGUUAACCCAGCCUACAGAUGUGGAACUCAACGCCUUCAAUGCCUGUAUUGGUGACAUGGACCCUCUCGGGUACCCAGACAACUCCAUGUUUGCUCUUGAGAGGGUCUGUGGUGAAUAUGUAUUUCAACAACAACAACAGCCUCUAGAGGCCCAGCAGGUUGAGGUGCAUCUGGAAACGUUUCAUCAAGUGCCUUGACCGCCGCAGGAGGCCCGGGUCCUACAUCCCCAACAACCAGCAUCUCAAGUGCCUAAAACGUCACAGUAGACUGUUGAUAUACACGGGUUCAAACUCAAGCCAGUGACAUCUUUACAGUCGCAAAGGACAUUGUUCCCCACACCACCACAAUCCGAAGCGGCUGUCACCUAUGAAGAACCCGUGCCUGGUCCCAGCCGAUAUAACCUGGACAGCGACGGGGCCACCGUGUCGUCCAUUGCGAUGAUAAUCCCUGUGGUGAAACAGUUGAUUAUAUGUGGCACAUGUAAAAAAAUAAGUUCAACAGAGUGUUCAACUGUAACAACUACUCGAUUCAGCUGAACAGGCCCAUGCAAUGUGCUGGCGGCUGUCUAUUGUGCACACUGUGUUACAGUGAACAAAGUGCUUGUCGCCUACACAAUAUAUCGUCCACAAGGGCCGCUGUAAGCACCACAGCCAACACCCUUGCAAAUUGCCCUGCCCUGGAGAAUGUAGGAGACUGGGAUCUGGAACUCAACAUAGAUGAUAUGUUCAAGACUGACAAGGACAUCAACGUCCACGUGCAGCUGAUUAUGAACGAGGAGCAAUCCUCUGGAGUUGACACCCUGAA